AUGGGAUUGGCCAGUCAGUACACGUGGUCUGAUGGCACGUCAUUCAACUACAGCAACUGGGAGGUGGGUCAGCCAGACAACCACAACGGGAGGGAGAACUGUGUUGCUAUGUACCCCCACACGGGGAAAUGGCGGGACGAUAACUGUGCCGGAGCCAGGAGCUGGAUAUGUAUGGCACCAAUAGCCGCCACUACACUGCCGAGUGUCACGACGCCAUCUGCCACUGAAAACACUGAAUGCGGCGUGAAGUGGAAGUCCCACGGCGAGUACUGCUACUUUCUAAGUGACCGGCCCAGGCCAGGGGAAGGGGCACCUAUGUCGUGGUAUAGGGCCAGACAACAUUGUGUCCACAUGGGUGGAGACCUCCUCAGUAUCAACACGCGAGAGGAGGCUGACUUUAUAACGACUCACAUCAGCCAAACUAUCCACCUUAAAAUGUGGCUAGGAGCAAAUGAUCUCGACCUACAGGGGUACAGAUGGUCUGACGGCACCCCAAUGUUGUAUACCAACUGGGCGAAAGGGCAGCCGAGUUCUCAAUAUGGUGAGCAGAGGUGCUUGAGUGUCAAUACAGGGAAAGAAAACACACAACCUGGUACUCUAAACGACGACCCAUGUACCGAGUUGUUGCCUUUCAUUUGCAAGAAACCCAAAACUGGCGGCACACCGGGCACAAUCACCACCACGCCCACCAUCAGGGGGUUUUGUCCCCGGGGGUUCGGCGGAAUAGGUAACCGAUGCUUUGCGUUUUUCGGAGAUGGCGAGAGGGACCGUAAGAACUGGACAGACGCUGCCGCUGCGUGUGCCGCUCUGGGACCUGCCUAUUCCUUGGCCAGUAUUACAAACUCUCUAGAACAGGCGUACAUAACCAGUCGACUCCAAUACAAAGAAACAACCUUUUGGAUUGGUUUAAACGACUUUGACAACGAAUAUUUCUUCCACUGGGUAACCAAUGAGGAAGUGGCUUACGAAAAUUGGGAUCGGUUUGAACCAGCGGCCUAUCAGAAUGGAAUACUGGCAUUAAAAAAGAUAUGCUUGAGGUCUAUCUCGGCCCGGGAUGAUAACAAAUGGGUAUGUCAGUACCAUGAUAACAGUGAGGGAUUCUUGUCUCCCACAUUGAACAGUGUGAGGACCGUGGAUCAGAGCGGCUCCCAUUCAAUAACCUACUUAUUUAUGGGUCAGAAAAAUUAA